AUGAGUAAAAGGUACCUGAUCAACCCGAAUCGAAAAGAAGUUUCGGGAUAUAGUACAGCAUUUGAGCUGCAAGGGGGCCAGCAGGCCAAACAGAACCAAGACUCGGCUAAUCCCAUCCUACAACAGCAGCCUAAUGCUCUGCCCACUGCCAAUUAUAACCUUCCUGGCGUGAUCAGCUACUUGACGUCUGAAUUCACGCAUUUGGAGAGGUUUAAGAUUACGACGAACUUGGAAAAGUCUGAAAUGAAGUACAAGAUUCUGCAAUUGACGAGUGAGGUGAACUCGUUGAGGUUUAUCAAUGACAAACAAGCAAUUAGAAUCCGGGAGCUCGAGGAACAGUUGCAAUUGAAUGGUCUGCAGACUUCUUCUCAGGUUCCAGACGUGAAGAUCCCUCAGGUGGAUCUUGAGAUCCUCCAACGAUCCAGGUCCCAGUUGAACAAGCUGAUCAGAGACGUGGUUAGGGUAUUGAAACCUCCUCUGGCGAUCAGCAAGAAUUAUCUCAAUGCACCAAACACUCUGCACGGAACAGAUUUCGAUGAAUUGCUUGACGACAGUGAGAGGUUCCUGUUUGAGAAUGAAGCUCAGGAUGAAAAGGCAAGAGAAAGCAUAUUUGCAAGGUACAUGAACGACGCCAAUGGAGACGAGCUUCUCCUGUCGAACUUUGAGGAAGAUGCUCAACGACUAGCCGAUCUGGUUCAGAGUGAUUUAGCAGAGCAGAAUGCUGCAAACACAUCUAUUUCACGUAAGCCACCCCCACAAGACGACAACGAAACAGAUACUGAAACGGUCAUUGUGGAUGAAGCGGAGGAUGCACUUGCCAAACCAAAACUGUCUGUGAGGUUCGGCCAGGAGACUCGUCUUUUGGCUAAGAAUUGCUCUCUUUUCGAGCCAUUCCAGAAUCUGAUCGUGUUUCUUGAAGACUCCCAGGUUACCGUGUUGGAGCUGGGCGAGCCUAUACUCAAAACGAGUAUUGAUCUGUCGAACGGCACGAUAUUAGGAAUUUACUACUUGGGCAAGAAGCGUCUACUUGUGAUUUCUGUGAAGGGUGUCAGUGUACUUACCUGCAAAGAUAGUGGGUCUUCCAGCACGAAAGUAUUAUUGAAAGAUGAAAAGUCUGUUAUGGAAACAUGCAGCUUGGUGGAGGUCCCUACAGUUAACGCAAAUAAGCAUUACGCAUUGGCUGUUUCAGGAAUGGGCAAGGACGGCAAGCUGAUCAUUUCUGUGCACGAGAUUAAGAGCGGAAACAAGACAACCUUGCGUCUGCUUGGGCAGUUCAAUAGCACUUUCCUCAAGGCAUCAGAGAAGGUGAAGAAUGUCGAUUGGGCGGACAAGCCAGCCGAAGAAGAUGCCUCCGAUGACCUUCCCUUCGACUUGAUUAUCCUCCAUGAAAAAAUACAACGACUUGAUAUCACCAAAAAGAAGCUUACUGAUAUCAAGGAUGAAGGCGACUACCAUUCCACAUCUGUCCAUAAUAACCUCUUGCUCACAGUCCUUCAGGACAGCGUUGAGUUAUACGAUCUUCGAACCGAAAGAACUGUUGGAGUGCUACCACGCCAUAAGCAUGCAAACUACGUCCUCUUCAAGAGCGACAAUACGUCUAUUGCAGAAAUCCUGGAUCAGCUAGUGCUCUUUGAUAAGGAGAUGCAAGAGAUGGUGAGACAUGCCAGCCCCAUACACAGUCCCAAAACUGUCUAUGGCCUUGAAUCUGAACACGGCAUCGCGUUGAUCAUUCAAGGAAGCGACAGCAUUUCCAUAAUACCAUUGGGACUCGAUUAA